GCUCAUAAUCAGUACCCUCUCUUACCUUCACUGCUGUACAUCCGACUCUCUUUUCCGUUAAUUCACUGGAAUUUCUAAUAGAACAAACCCGGUAAAAUGGCACAAAGUAGAUUGGAAAGAAUCGGGACGGUUUACUCAAGAAUAUCGUCCUUAUUGAAAGGUGGUGCAUUGAAAGAUAUUGAUAAACCUGUGUGGUACACAGUGUAUGAAGCAUUUCCACCAAAGUAUGAACCACGCUUUGAUAGAGAAGCUCCAAAAACAAAGUAUUUUGACAUUUUCUAUAAAGAGGACUAUCUAAGAAUGGAAUUUCAAGAAAGAAAUAAGAACUUAUCUACUAACCUGAUGGAUACACGACGUAAGUCUAGGACUCAGGAAUUUAUUUCUAUAUACCACGAUAUGAAAAAGAACGGUGUUCACCAGGAUGUAUGUUUCCAAAAGAGCUUGGACAAAUUGCUUGAACAACGUCCUACUUCAACAAAUAGAUCGCAAGAUACAUCAUCAAAAUCAUCUAUAACAAGCAGCUUCAGCCAAGAAAAAAAUGAAAAAAUAAAUAUUAAUAUUAAGGACAUUUUAAAUAAUUGAACUAUAAUUAUUAUAAUUAAAUGUAGAUAUUCUGUAUUAUUUGUCAAUUUAACAUAAUCAAGUCAAGAAUUACCAGUAAUCCCAAAAGAAGGCGCAUUUUGCUUUAGCCGAGAAA